CAGUGCGUACGAAGUGCGUGAAGGAUUUAUUGGGAUCUGUAAUUGCUUGAAUUGCGGGCGACAUCUCCUUCUUCGAGUUCAAGCAUUUGUUGGUUUUGUGUUGGGCACGUAAUCUCAGGCGAUCAGUUUCUCUUCUUGAUCUGCUCUCCGUGCUCUCUGUUUCCCCCCCGCCCACUUCUGCGAAACCCUAAUUUUGUUGCUCCUUCCCCCUUGGUCGUGGACGUUGAAUUCUGGAGGAUCUGACCAUGUCCAAGAGUUCCUUCAAGCUGGAACACCCUCUCGAGAGGAGGCAGGCAGAAGCUGCCCGAAUCAGGGAGAAAUAUCCUGACAGAAUACCAGUCAUUGUGGAGAAAGCUGAAAGGAGUGACAUUCCAGAUAUUGACAAAAAGAAGUAUCUGGUUCCUGCUGAUCUUACCGUUGGGCAAUUUGUUUACGUUGUCCGAAAGAGGAUCAAGCUUAGUGCUGAGAAGGCCAUAUUCAUCUUUGUUAAGAAUAUCUUGCCACCUACUGCUGCUAUGAUGUCUGCAAUCUAUGAGGAGCACAAAGAUGAAGAUGGUUUCCUUUACAUGACUUAUAGCGGCGAGAACACAUUUGGAUUUUGAGUCGAAUCUAAAUGUGACUUUAUGCUUUAUCCUAUGUAUAUAAGAUCCUAUGAGCACAAAACUUGAGUAUAUGUAAAUUGUUUGGUUAAAGCAGUACUCUUAAGUGAAUUGCGUCCUCACAAACGCAUCCGUUUCUUUGUUGACACAAAAAAAUUUGGUCGUGUCUUCUGAAAGCAGUAGAAUUUAUAGCUUUUCAUGA